AAGGAGCUCCAAAUACACAAAACGUCAUGUAAUUAGGAUUAUUUUGAAACGUCUAAAACGUCAUCCUUUCCGGAACGGAGGGAGUAUUGUAUUUCAUGAUUUUAUAGUUUCUCGGAGCUGUACAGGCAACUUUUCAAAUAUCUGGCCAGCCAACGAACUCCAGAUAUGGGAAUCAGAGAAGAAAAGCAGCAGCCACUGUUACUUUUAGUCAGAGGAGAAGAAAAUAGACAACAAUAUAGUCAAACUAACAGAUUAUGUAGUUUGGUGAGAGAAACAUGGUUAGAAUCAAACAAGAUAUGGCAAAUUGCCGGUCCUUCUAUCUUCAGCCGUCUUGCUAUGUUUUCCAUGACUAUUAUCACCCAAUCAUUCGCCGGCCACCUUGGUGACCUCAAUCUCGCCGCAAUCUCCAUUGCCACCACCGUCAUUAUUUCCAUAAGUUUCGGUUUCUUGCUCGGCAUGGCGAGCGCAUUAGAAACGCUAUGUGGGCAAGCUUUUGGAGCUGGGCGGUACCACAUGCUGGGCAUAUAUAUGCAACGUUCAUGCAUUGUUUUAUUUAUAUGUUCAAUUUUAUUACUGCCCAUGUUCUUGUUUGCGACCCCAAUCUUGAAGCUGAUCGGGCAACCUGAAGCGGUGGCUGAGCAGACAGGUUUGGUGGCGAUUUGGUUAAUUCCUUUUCAUUUUAGUUUGCCAUUUCACUUCACAUUGCAAAGGUUCUUGCAGAGCCAGUUAAAGACUCGGGUUAUUGCUUUGAUAUGUGGUGGUGCUCUUCUGAUUCAUGUGUUAGUGAGUUGGAUUUUUGUUUAUAAGUUGAGAGUUGGGAUUAUUGGCACUGCAAUUACUCUUGAUUUCUCUUGGUGGGUUUCUGUUUUGGGAUUGUUCUUGUAUUGUCUUUGUGGUGGCUGUCCUCUUACUUGGACUGCUUUAUCUACACAAGCUUUUCUUGGACUUUGGCCCUUCUUUAAACUCUCUGUGGCAUCUGGGAUUAUGCUUUUAUUGGAGAAUUUCUACUAUGGAGUGUUGAUUAUUGUAUCUGGCUACAUGCACAACACUGAGGUUGCAGUUGAUGCCCUUUCCAUCUGCAUAGCUAUAUUUGCUUGGGAAUCUAUGAUUCCACUUGGACUUUUAGCUGCAACGGGGGUCCGUGUCGCAAAUGAGCUUGGUGCAGGUAAUGCAAGAGGUGCCAAAUUUGCAACCAUGAUGUCAAUAUUAACCUCCCUAGCGACUGGGUUGCUGUUUUGGUUAAUCAUUAUAGCUUUCCCCGAAAAACUCGCUAUGAUCUUUACCUCAAGCGCCUCCGUCAUUGCAAUGGUUAAUGAACUAGCAGUUUUACUGGCAUUCACCGUUCUAAUCAGUUGCAUUCAACCAGUUCUUUCAGGCGUGGCAGUCGGAUCUGGCUGGCAAGCGUUGGUUGCGUUUGUUAACAUCGGCAGCUACUACAUAGUUGGGGUGCCUCUUGGAGUCUGCUUAGGAUGGCUGCUCCACUUUGGUUUUACAGGUAUUUGGGCUGGGAUGCUAAUUGGAACACUGGUCCAAACAUUGAUACUGACUAUGGUGACCAUGAAAUGUGAUUGGGAAAAAGAGGCAGAGAAAGCUCGAGUUCGCAUUACUAAUUAAGCUGCUGCUGCUUCUAGCUGAUUAUGCAAUAGAAAGAUUGCAUUAAUGUUUUGCAAUGAUACAGAAGAACGAGCUUGCAGCAAACCAGUUCUACUGCUGAAAUUACACAUACAUAACAUGCUGUAGUAAACAUUAUACAGUAGGCAUUAGGUCCUUGCCUCUUUGUCUCAUGAACCUGAUUUGCCUUGUUAAUUUAGAUUCUUUUUCACUUUUAUUAAACGAGUUAGGACUAUUCACGAGUUACGCGAGAUCGAUUCAAAAAUAACUCGAGUUCAAGCUACUUGAAUUUAAAAGUUCGUGAGACUCGUGAGUCUAAAUGAAUCUCUUAUACACAUAAAAUAAUGAUUUGUUUUUUACUA